AUGAACUUUCUUGCAUUACUAGCGCUUCUACCAUUUGCGGCCAGCUCUUUUGCUCCCUUGCUAGUGGCAUCACACAAACUAGUCCCCGGUUUACAAUCUGAAAUUAAUGAAUCGAAUCUCAAGCCUCACAAUGUCACCUCGGUGACCAACAUGUUGAAGAAGCUAAUAACUCAAUGUUCAUCAGAUGCAUACGUGAUUGUCGACCAACCAGGGCUUACAUAUGAAGAUUUAACUGAUAGAAAUAAAGGCAACUGGCCCUUUUUAAUCAACUACUUGUACAUGUCUUCGACUAUAGUUGGAUUGCCACGGGUCGAUCUGGGACUCGAUUUGGACUUUAUUGAAGACUACAUAAUAAGCACUUGCGAUGCUGAAACAAUCAACGUUUGGCACGAUGAUGACAAUGAAGUUACCGACUACUUUGAUGUAAGAACCAGAGUGAUUAAAGUCACCUUGAGUCCCAUUACUGGAGAUCGAGGUGCUCAUUUGCGUGAACACGAUGAGUUGAUUAGGAAAAUCUUGCGUAAGCUUCCUUCACCACACUACACAAUCAUCUUGACAAGCACCGAUCCAGGAAUGACCCAUCCGGUCCCCGGAUUCAUCAUGAGUGAUCGUCCAGACAACUUUGAGAUUUUUAACGAUAUUGUGAAUAGCCCAAAGCACAAUGGAGGCGUGGAGAAGAACGACCGAUUCCACAAGGUCAAACCUAACUGGAAUCCAGCGAGAAAUACCAAUGAGCGAUACAUUACAAAUAGAAAGAAAGACGAGGUUCAUUUAUUUGACUACGACCUAUGGGUGAAAAACGAAAAGCUAGUUACCACUGUUUUGGUGAUGAUAUUAAGUUUGUUUAUGUUAAAAACACUUUCCGUGAUUCAAAGCAUCAAGCAAAGAUUUACCAAGCAGCGAAUUCCAAUGAGUAAGAAAACCAAUUGA